CGGUCAGCUGCCGGAAGUGAGCGGCGCGGGGACCCGCUCAGUGUAAAGUAGCUUAGUGAGGAGACCGAGCCGCGUCCCUGUGCAUUUGAGCGAGUGACAUGUUCCGCGAGUUCACGCAGAAUGUCACGAGUUCGAUUCUCUUUAGCAUUAUGUUAGCUUGAAGGCUAACUGCUGCGUUGUUUUAAACAGCGCGACUAGCCAGCUGGAGGCUAGCUGCGUUGACCUGUCAUGGUCCUGAGGUGUUUCUACUGACGGAGGAGAUGGGGGACAACGAUGGAGAGGACGCGAGGGACACACCUGAGGACUCAGCUGGGGACACACCUGAGGACACGCAUGAGCUUCCUAUUGAGAUUAUCGUUUACAUCCUGAGUUUCCUUCAUGCGUCGGACAGGAAGGAGGCCUCGCUCGUCUGCCGCAGCUGGUACAGCGCCAGCCAGGACCUGCGCUUUCAGAGGAACGUCACCUUCUGCUUCCCGGCCUCCGCCUCGUCCCUGGAGCUGGUCAGGUCUCUGGGCAACAAGUCCUGCUGCAGCCUGAUAAUCAGCCAACUCGAUGGCUUCAGUAUGUCCAGGUCGCUGCUUCUGGAGGUGGGUCUGAGUCUGGGCUCCAAGCUGGAGAGCUUGGCCCUGCCUGGGAGCAGCGUGACGGAGACCUCCCUGCUGGCCCUCCUCCCUUGCCUGACCUCCCUCCGCAGGCUGGACCUCCGGGGCCUGGACAGCCUCUUCAUGUCUGGAGCGUUCCUCUCCAGGGAGGAGCACCGCCAGCAGGUCAGGUCCGCUCUGUGUGGCCUGGAGGAGCUGGACCUGUCCGACCUGCGCUACCUCUCCGACCUCACCUUUAAUCGGCUGACCAGCUGCACCCCCCGCCUCCGCCGCCUCUCGCUGGCCGGGUGCCACAUCGCCUUCGAGUUCGACCCGUAUCGGGGGUGCCCGGUGGGGGCCGUCGAGGACUCGUCGGCGUUACUGUCGCUGAGGAACUUGAAGCGGUUGUUGAUGGAGCAGAGGUCCACACUGGUGGUUCUGGACCUCAGCAGAACCUCCAUCACGCCCGAGUCACUACGCACUGUUGCACAGGUUCAGGGUCUGGUCUUGCAGGAGCUGUUCCUCCAGGGCUGUAAGGAGCUGACCAACUACUCGGUGGAGGCUCUGGUGAAGCACCAGCCGAGCCUUCAGAGACUGGACAUCAGUGGCUGCACUGAGCUGACCAGCCGGUCUGUGGAGGCUGUAGCUCAGGGCCUGAAGUCUCUGACGCACCUCUCCUUGUCCCGCGACUGGAGGAUCACUGAGAAAGGCCUGGCCGAGCUGCUGUCCGUGUCGUCCCUGAAGAGUCUGGAUCUGUCCGAGUGUCUGCACGUCAGCGGAUCAGAGAUGGUGAAAGGCUUGAGGGAGUCCGGUGCUAGUAGAGCUCAGCUGGAGAAGCUCAGCCUCAAGAGCUGCACCUACAUCAGGGAUCUUGCCAUUUUCAAUCUCACCCAGCUGCUCGGGGAUACUCUCUGUGAGCUGGACCUGACCUCAUGCGUCAACGUGACAGACCUGUCUGUGCGCGCCAUCGCCACCUACCUGCACAGGCUGGUGGUUUUGAGGCUCGGCUGGUGUAAAGAAGUGACAGACUGGGGUUUGCUGGGGAUGGUGGAAACGACCAAGUGUGAGCCUGAGGAGGAGACGGAAGACAAGGGUCCCAGGUUCACCCGAACCUUUGGCAACAUGGGUUUCUUCAAGCCGCCUCGUUUGCCUUUCGAGGAGCGACCCAAGCUGGUGACACAGAACGACCUGGAGCAGUUCAAGCAGCAGGCCGGGGCGUCGCUGUUGGCUCUGAGCCGGCUGCAGGAGCUGGAUCUCUCCGGCUGCUCCAAGCUCACUGACAGCAGCAUCACACAGGUGGUGCACCACCCGGACCUCCGACGUCUGUCUCUGUCCAUGCUGCCAGAAAUCAUUGAUGACAGCUUGGUGUCGGUAGCCUGGCGCUGCCGCAGCCUCACCAGCCUGAGUCUCAGCAACUGCCCGGGCAUCAGUGACCGCGGGGUGGCAGAGGCUGCACCUUACCUGCACAGACUCCAGCAUCUCUACCUCUCCGGUUGUAGUAAGAUAACGGACCGAUCCUUGUUGCACCUGGCGCAGCACUGCAAGCGUCUGAGGACUCUCGACAUCUCACGCUGCAAAAACAUUUCCAUAACAACGAUGGACCUCAUCCAGUCCCAGUUUCCCUUCCUGGAGAAUGUCCAGUACAAAUUCAUAGGUGGGGCUGAUCCCACUCUGACACUCUGAGCGAACCACUGGACAUUUCAAUAACAGAGCCUGCUCUGUCAUUGAGCUUCUGCACAUUUCAGCAAUUUGCACAAGAACUGAACCAAGUGUUGUUUGGUGUUUAACUUGUGUAUAUGUUCAUGUAUGUUGCUUGGAUUCAAACCCUAGACUGUAAGUAAAAGAGGCGUCUCUACUAUAUGCAGAUGAUGUCAUUUGGCUCCAGUCUGCAGAGUAGCCAUUGAUGGAAGGAACAUUUUACCCUGUUUUUACAUUAUCAAAUAACAUAUUAAUGAAAACACACAGACAUCAUGUGGGGAGAACGGCCUAAAAUCACAGAAACCCUCUUUGAAAACAAUUAAUUUGACGUUAAUCUUUGAGUUUUUAAUUUGACCCGUUCACCAUCUGCUAACAUGGAGGAGGCGGGGCUUAUGACCUAUACUACAAUCAAACACCAGGGGGCGAUCAAGGUGCUUUGGGGAGUAUCCAAUGCAAUCACGAGAAAUCCUGUGAAGUGAAACACAGCUCAUGAAGAAAGAAGAAACUAUUCUCAGUGUCUAAAGUGAAUGAGAAUUGUUUUCUGGCACAUUUGUAUCUAGAUUUUAAAUGAAUUCCAUAUUUUCUGCGUGUUAUAUUGUAGAAUAAGAAGUUUAUUUUAACAUUCUAACUUAAUUAUUAAUAAGUGUAAUAAAGUGAAUAUAUAUUUACCGAUAUAGAAAACAUUUCACACUACUUUUGUCAUUUCAAUGUUUUCUCUUCACGUUAACCAAUUUAUUUUAAUUUUGACUUGAUUUGAAUGACUCUUGUCCACUGUCGCUUCAGCAACGUGCUUUUGACAACAAAGGUAGACGUGUAGAUCAAAAUGUUGAUUUUUAU